AAAUACAGCAAAGCAAACACGAUUUCAAUAUUUCGUAGUAUUCCAUCACUGUUCUUAUUUCUUUCAGACGAAGGAUUUCGUUUUCCAAUCUCUUCAGGAUUUUUUUUCUUCUUAUAGAGAAUCACAUUGAUCUCUGACGCUCUAGAAACAGUUAAUCUUCAAUUUGAGUUCAUUCGAUUUGGUGUUGUUGGUUCGAUUUGUUUCGUUGUGAAUUCUGAAAGAUCUAAAGAAAUAUGUCUUACGCAUACCUCUUCAAGUACAUCAUCAUAGGAGAUACAGGGGUUGGAAAAUCAUGCCUUCUUUUGCAGUUCACAGACAAACGUUUUCAACCUGUUCAUGAUUUAACAAUUGGUGUAGAAUUUGGUGCACGAAUGAUCACCAUUGACAACAAACCAAUAAAGCUACAAAUCUGGGACACGGCGGGCCAGGAGUCCUUUCGAUCUAUAACAAGAUCUUACUACAGAGGCGCUGCUGGCGCACUUUUGGUUUAUGACAUCACCAGGAGGGAGACAUUCAAUCAUCUUGCAAGCUGGUUAGAAGAUGCAAGGCAACAUGCAAAUGCAAAUAUGACGGUUAUGCUAAUUGGCAACAAAUGUGAUCUUGCACAUAGACGAGCUGUUAGUACGGAAGAAGGAGAACAGUUUGCAAAAGAAAAUGGUCUAAUUUUCAUGGAAGCCUCUGCAAAAACUGCACAGAAUGUUGAGGAGGCAUUUAUAAAAACAGCUGGAACAAUUUAUAAAAAGAUUCAAGAUGGAGUUUUUGACGUAUCAAACGAGUCUUAUGGGAUUAAAGUCGGAUAUGGUGGGGUUCCGGGGCCAUCAGGAGGAAGAGAGGGCACCCCUCAGCAAUCAGGAGCAUGUUGCAGUUAA